AUGGAUAAAUUCGAAAAGCGUCUUAAUCAAGUUAAUAUGAUCACUCCAAAAAAUCCAUAAUCUACUUACAAAUAAAUUGAUCAUACCAAAAGUUCUGCUUCACUUAAUGAAUUCAAUAGAAUUGGAGAGUAAUUUGAUAGUGAAAUUAUCAAUUUGAAAUCACAAGUACAAAUCUUAGAAGGCAAAUUACAAUUUUAUGAAAGGGAAUUCUAAAUCAAAGUAAAUUUACUUGCAAAAUACAUUCUAGUAAUCUUCCUUGGAAAAACGUAUCUAAUAAUUAAUUUCUACAUCUUCAUAGCUCACUUAAUAAAAUACUUAAUUAAAAUUACAAUACUAAGCAUUACUCAAUGAAUAUUAAAUUCAACAAGAUAAAAUUCUACAAUCUGAAAAAGGUAAAAAAGAAUAUGAAGACAAAGUUAGAUCUUAAUUAGAUAAUUAUAAUAAAUUAUAAUCUGAAAAAGAACAGUUGAUUUAAUAUGCAAAUAAAUGUAGAGAAAGAUCAAAAUAAAGAAAAAUCAAGAUAAAAGAACUUACCAAUAAAAAUUCUGAAUUCUUAGAAUAAAUAUAAUAACUAGAAUAAGACCUAGAAUAAGCUAAUUAUGAAAAAUAAUAAAUUUAUGAAUAGUGUUAAUAAUAAAUUUUGAUUCUUAAAGAAUAAAAUGAAGAUUAAUAAAUGAAAUAUGAGACAAUUGUUUAGAACUUUAAAAAUCAUCUUGCUGAUUAAAAUGAAAGUUAACAUGAAGAAUAAUUAUUAGCUAAUCAUACAAUACUUGAUUAAAAGGAAGCUUAGACAGUCUAAGAAUAAUUAGAAAAUUUCAACAUCUUAUAAAAAGAUCUUAACACUCUACUUAAUUAAAUUAAAAAUACAAGUCUUACAAAUCCAUAAUCUUUUUAAAUGCAAUAAGUAAUCGAAUUUGCAGAAAUCUUUAAUAGAAUGGCUGAAAAAAUCUAUUAAUUAUAAUAAAAGAAAUCAAUACUUAAAAAUCAAAUUAAAGUAUGAUAUUUUUUAUAAACAAUUAGGACUUAUAAUAAAAUUUUUAACAAAGUUAAUUACAGUCAUAAAUUUUAUAAAAUAAAUCUAAUUCUAGUCAUUAAAAUCCUAAUUUGAUUAAUGAUAGAACUAAGAUACUGUUUGAAUAAAGAAUUUUAGAAUUAAAAGAGUAUUAAUUAUUUUAAAAUAAGGUUUUAUUAAAAAGAAAGAAAAUAAGAUAAAAAUAAAACUUUCUAGAAAGGAAAUUAAUAUGAUUAUAAAUAAAAUUAAGUAAUUUUGAUGCUUACUUAAUUUUUGGAAGAAUUUUUAAAACAAUAAUAUCAUCUAAAGAUAUUGAAUUUUUAGAUUAAUGAUUUAUAAUUUGAAUAUGCUGAUAAAAAAAAUUGUCGAGCUUUUAAGAAAGCUUCAUGGGUUAUUAUAGCUAUUUAUAGAAUAAAAAUAAUUUAGAAUUCAUAAUAUUACUAAUAAUCAAUGCAGUUCAAUUAAUUAAGAAUUGAAAUGCCUAUUAUAAAUUCAUUAAAUUAGCUACUUGAAUUAGUAGGUGGAUAAUAAUAACUUAUUGAGACUUUGUAAAAGUCUAUGGAACAUAAAGGUUCAGAAGCUUUUUAAGAAUAAGACAUUCAAACAAUAGUAGAUUAAGAAUUAAAAUAAUAAUUAAAGGCUGUUUAGAUUGAAUUAGAUAUUAAUAAUAAAAAGAUGCUUUAGUAUAAAUUGUAUUCAGAAAAAUAAAUAGAAGAAAGAGAUCGCAUAAUUAAUGAGUUAGAAUAGUAGUUAAGAGAUAACUCAAAUGAUGAUAAUUAAAAACUUCUUGAACAUUUAGAAUAGCAAAAUAAUAGAGUCAAAAACAUUGAAAAUGAAUUUAAUGUUUUAAAUGAACUUAUUAAUUCAUUAAUAUGA